GGUGUCACUACGCUUCCACGAAAAUUGAGCUUCAGCUCUAGCAACACCUAUUCCGCCACCAGUCCUGGCCCUUCUGUUGCUGCCUCGAUUUUCUCAAAUUGUCCACCCACAACUACAUCCUCCUCCUCAGUUGUAUCGUCACAUCCGCGCCCAGUGACCACAACUGCGCCCGGAUCAAGUGGAACGCACCAGCCUCAAUUGACGUCCCUGUUGGCUCAGGGUUCAUCUGGGCAAGGGAUAACGUCGAAAUCCAAUCUCUUGCAUUCACAAGAUUCAUUGGUGACACAAGACGACGUCGAUACCGAGACCGUGAAUGCUGACACGGAUACCGAUACCGAUGCUGAGGCUCCAGACUGUCCUUGGCGGCAAAUCAAUGAAACGACCAACACCGAAAACCACGGUCCUACUUGCCUUAAUCGAGAUGUUGCAACAACACCCUUAAACGGCAGUACACUGUCCAACUCCCUAGACAACCGACCAUGUCCGGCUAUCCAUGGAGCUGCUCCGACGAUGACAACGACGACAUCAGUAACACCAUCCACGUCUGUUCUAGCUACUGCCACAUUGCUCGUCCUCGGCCAUCGACUGCAACGAAUGCAGUUCAGGAAAAUGGCCUUCUGUGAUCUCUGCCAUAGAGCAUGCUGGAGUAUGCUGACACCACCUCUGGCCCUUCAAUGUUUGCACUGUCAGCGACCUUAG